UGGGGUCUAAAGGGGGUCUUCUAUUAUGUUGGUCGAAUAAUGUUUCUGUUUUGGAAAUAGUUAAUAAUUUCUUCAGUUUAGAAGUCAAGUUUGUUCUUAAUGGGAGAAAUGAUAUUAUGUGGGGGGUUUUUGUUUAUGCUAGUGUUGAUGAUUCUGAGAGACAGUAUCAAUGGGAUCUGCUUCUUAGACAUUCAUUAAGAUGGGGGGAAUUAUGGUUUAUAGGGGGUGAUUUUAAUGAUAUUAUUUGUAAUGAAGAGAAAAAAGGGGGGUUGGUGAGAGGAGAGGGCAGUUUCAGGGAUUUUAGGAAUUUUUUGCAAUCCCUGGGGGUAAUAGAGUGUCCUCUUAUAGGGCAUCAGUUUACCUGGUCUAAUCUUAGGAGGGGGGAGGAAUUUGUAGAGGAGAAAUUAGAUAGGAUCUGUGUCUCUCCGGAGUGGUGGUUCAAAUUCCCUAAAACCCAGAUUCAGAACAUUCCUUUGGCCUCCUCAGAUCACAAUCUCCUGUUGAUGGAUUUGGCCAGAAGUGAGGAAGCUUCAAAGCCCAGGUUUAUGUUUGAUAAUCGGUGGACCAAGAAAGAAGGAUACAAGGAGUGCAUCUCCAAUGCAUGGAAAGUAGCUCACAAAGGGCCAGACUUAUACAGAUUCCAAAAGAAAUUGAGGAGUGUUAGUACUGCCUUGUUGGGGUGGGCUGUAAGACAGAAAACAAAUUCUGCACAUAUGAUUAAUGUCUGCAAUGCAAAAUUGGAAGUGCUGAGUAGACAAGGGGGAGGGAGAAAUUGGGAAGAGUGGCAAGAGUGCAAGGAAAAACUUCAUGAAGCAUACAGAGAGGAGGAGCUCUACUGGAAACAGAAAUCUAGAGUCAGUUGGUUGAAGGAAGGGGACAAAAACACUCGGUUUUUUCAGGCAUGUGUAAGGCAGAGGAGGCAAAGGAACAACCUGGAUUAUCUGAUUUGUAGGAAUGGGGUACAAUGCAAAAAUAGAUCAGAGGCUGUCAAGGAAGUUGAGGAUUUCUUUACUACCUUACUUAAGUCUAAGAACCAUGACUCUGAUCCUAAUCAAGCUCAGUUGAUCCUUCAUAUUUUGAAUUGUUAUUGUGCUGCCUCUGGCCAAUCAGUUAAUCUCCACAAAUCUAGUAUAUUUUUUUCCAAAAACACCCCUGAUUCCUUGAAAAUGAGCAUCUGUAAUAUUUUCCCAGGCAUUGCAGUUGCUAAAUACUCCAAAUAUUUGGGGCUUCCAUUAGGAAUUGGGAGAUCAAAUAAAGAUACUUUUUCCUUUGUUAAACA